AUGCCAUUGGCAGCUUUAACGCCUGUUCUUAAUGAUCUGUUACACAAAUCUCAACAGAGUAGUGAUGGUCAAGGCGAUUAUUCAUCGAUGGUUCGACUGUCAGGUGAAGAAUAUCGACCGAGACAAGCGUCAACUGAGGGAUUAGCAUCUCCCGUGACUGAAUAUGAAGAAUUAGAUAAUAAAGCAAGAGUUGAAAGACAAGAUUCAUUUUUAAAACGAUUUUCAACAAGAUAUGGUUAUAGAGGAAUGGGCAAUUUGGGUAGGCCAGCUAAACGUAAUCUUCGUGCUGCUAUCGAUAAAGAGGAACCGAUAAAAUGUCGUUAUUUACCUAUGCGUCGUUUAUUACAUGCAUGUAAUUAUUUUGUGAUAUCAACAGAUGAAAAUUUUCUAUUCUAUUGGCUCGUAUUUUUAAAUCUUUUCAUUUUGUAUAAUUUAUGGUUUCCCAUUGCUAGACAAGCAUUUGAACCAUUACAACGCGAAUAUGCAAAAACAUGGCAAACACUUGAUUAUCUAGCUGAUAUUGUGUACGUUUUGGAUAUUGGAAUGCAAUUGAGAACAGGAUAUUUAGAACAAGGUUUAUUAGUAUAUAAUCGACAAAAAUUAGCAUUGAACUAUGUACGCUCCUAUCGUUUUAUAUUUGAUAUAGUAUCAUUAACACCUCUUGAAUUAUUUCAAUUAAAAUUUGGUUCACUUCCACUAUUACGUUGUCCACGAUUUUUGAAAGUAUAUCGUACAUUUCAAUUAUAUUAUUUACAGGAAUCACGAACUGUCUAUCCAAAUACAUAUCGUGUUGUUAAUCUUUUUCAUAUAUUAUUAUUACUCGCUCAUUGGUUAGCAAGUUUCUAUUUUAUGGUAUCAAAAGCCGAAGAUUUUACUGGCUAUUGGUCUUAUCCAGCUCCUAAUGGAAAUUUUUCACAAUUGACUAAAAUGUAUUUCAGAUGUUUAUAUUGGUCAACGUUGACCUUGACAACAAUUGGCGAUUUACCACCACCAGAAACCAAUUGGCACUAUGUAUUCCUGAUAAGUGUUCAUCUAUUUGCUGUAUUUGUUAUUGCUAUCAUUGUUGGUCAAGUCGGCAAUGUGAUAACGAACAGAAAUGCUAGUCGACUAGAAUUUGAACGAUUAUUAGAUGGUGCAAAACAGUAUAUGAGAACGCAUAAUGUACCGGCAGAAAUGCAACGACGUGUUCAACGAUGGUAUGAUUAUUCUUGGUCAAGUGGUGCAAGUGAUGUUCAUUCAAUUAAAUUAUUACCAGAUAAAUUAAAAACAGAAUUAGCAUUACACGUUAAUUUAGGAACAUUAAAAAAAGUAACAAUUUUUCAAGAAUGUCAACCAGAAUUUUUACAUGAUUUGGUGCUAAAAAUGCGUGCAUAUAUUUUUACUCCUGGAGAUGUUAUUUGUCGAAAAGGAGAAGUAGCACGUGAAAUGUUCAUUAUUGCUGACGGUGUAUUAGAAGUAUUAAACGAAAGUAAUGAAGUUUUAUCAAGGUUAGGUUCAGGUGACUUCUUUGGUGAAAUUGGUAUACUAAAUAUUGAUGGAGCAAAUAGACGUACAGCUGAUGUUCGAAGUGUAGGAUAUUCAGAACUAUUUUCAUUAUCAAAAGAAGAUGUUUUAGAAGCAAUGAGAGAUUAUCCAGAAGCAGAAAAAAAAUUAUAUGAAUAUGCUCAAAAUCGAUUGGGUUUUGAACGUGCAAGACGUGAAGCAAGUCAAAAAAUGAAAAGUGCUUUUAAUACAUUGGCAGCAAUAGCCAGUGCAAUUACUCAAGAACGAUCAUCAACACCUAAAAAUAGUUCAUCGCCAACACAUCUGGAUAGUCAAAUAAAAAAUGCGUGUAAUGAUGAAAAAUCUGUUAGUGAAAAAGAAUCAUCUCUUAAAGAUCUAAGAUGUUCGAUACAAGUAAAUAAUGAACAACAGCAAUAUCUAAUGUUAAAUUAUCAUCGAAAUAAAUCUCAUUUUCAAAAUACUUCUAUAUCAAGUGACCUUACAACAACAAUUGAAAUGCUUAUCAAUGAAAAAUUAUGUUCUGUUGAACAAGAAUAUCGUCAACAAAUAGCCAUACUACAAGAUCAAAAUGAACGAAAAGAUGUGAGAAUAAAACUUCUUGAACAAAAAUUACAACGAAUGCAGAAAACAUUAUUGAAUCGUAAUAGAAUUUGGUUAGAAGAACAAUAA